AUGCCGCCGAAGAAGCGGGCGCGCGGCGCAGCUGCUGCGACGCCCUCGGCCGCCCGCGACGACGACGCCAUGGACGUCGACACACCCGAAGCCGGCGACGCGGCCGCGGCCGGCAGCAGCUCCCUCCCGAACCUCAACGAUCUCUGGACGGACGACCAGGUGGCCUCGCUGUUCAAGGGCGUCAUCCGCUGGAAGCCCGCCGGCAUGCACAAGCACUUCCGCAUGAUUGCCAUAUCAGAACACCUCCGCAACCACGGCUUCGACGCCGACGUCUACCCGCACACGCGCAUCCCCCACAUCUGGCGCAAGCUGCGGACCUACUACAACCUCGACGUCAUCGACGAGCGCGAGUCCUUUGACGACGAGGACUCGGACGAUAGGUACCUCGACUUCGCCCUCCCGCGCGACACCUUCAUGGAGACGAUGCUGCAGCGUGCCGUCGCGGACCCUAGUGAGGCGCCCACCUCCCCGCGGGAGCUCGAGCUCUCGCCCCCGCCCGAGGGGGGCGCCGCCGCCGCGCCCGUCACGAGGAAGCGCAAGCGGGCUAGCACCAACGCCGCCGCCCCUGCCAGCGCGACCAAGGCCCGGGGCCCGUCGGUGGAGGACACGGAGGACGGGACGGACGCGCCGUCGCCGGCGGCGAGGGCGACGAGGGGCUCCCGUGGCAGGACGAGGGCCGCGAGCCAGCAGGCCAAGGCGGCCGACAAGGAGAAGGACAAGGAGAAGGAAAAGGAAAAGGCGGAGACGACUGAGGAGGAGGAAGACGACGCCGAGGAUGGCGACGAGAGCGAGUCCGGAGAGGACGAGGAGAGCAGCGAGGAGGAGGAAGAGGAGCAGGAGGGUAGCGGCACCCCGGCGUCGAGGGUUACCAGAGGUGCCACGCGCGGCCGCGGACGAGGUCGAGGCAGAGGCAGGGGGAGAGGAAGGGGCCGGUGA